AUGCGUCAUUUGGGUCUGAAUCCUACCGAAGCUCAAUUUAAAAUGGUGCAGGAAACUCAUACAAAGUUUGGAGGAAAAAUGGAUCUAAAUAAAUUUCUACUGUUAAUGAAAGAAAAUAGAAAGUUAUCUGACAGUAAAGAAGAACUCCCCGAGCACACAAUUGAGGAUGAAAUAGAGAAGAUGACCACAUUGAAAGUGUGUAAGUCUUUAACUCAGCAAGAAAUCGAUGAAUAUACAACAACAUUUGAAAUGUUUGAUGAAAAUUCUUGCGGGUCUAUAAAAAUCCAACAAUUCUUUGUUAUAAUGCGUCAUUUGGGUCUGAAUCCUACAGAAGUUCAAUUGGAAAUGGUAAAAGAAACUGAUGCAAAUUUUGGGGGAAAAAUUGAUUUAAAUAAAUUUCUUCUGUUAAUGAAAGAAAAUAGAGAGUUAUCCAGCAGUGAAGAAGAACUCCCUGAGCAUACAAUUGAAAGUAAUUUAGAUUAUAUAGAAACAUCAAGUACGUUUGAACCCCUUACUCAAAUAGAACUUGAUGAACCUCUAACUCAAACAGAAAUCGAAGAAUAUACAGCUACAUUUGAAGCAUUCGACAUAAAUUCUUGCGGGACAAUAAAAACUCAAGAAUUUCUUGCUGUUAUGUGUUAUCUGAAUCUUACUCCUACAGAGAAGCAGUUAGAAAUAAUGCAAGAGAUUGAUUCAAAUAAGGAAGAACUUUCUGAUCAUAAAAUUGAAGUCAAGUUAGAGAAUGUGGCCACAUCAAAGACAUCUGAAAAUUUGAUUCUGAAAGAAAAUCAGAAAGAAUAUUCAGCAACAAUCGAAGUAUUUGAUAAAAAUUGCUGCGGGACAAAUAAAAACGAAGAGUUUUCUGUCAUUACGCGUUGUCUGGAUCAAGAGCCUACAGAUAUUCAAUUGGAAAUGGUGCAAGACAUUGAUUCAAAAUUUAGUGGAGAAAUGGAUCGUAAAAAAAUUCUUCUUCCAAUGAAAGAAAAUAGAAUGUUAUUGGACUGUAAAAAAGAACAUCUUGAGCAUAAAAUUGAAGAUAAGAUAGAGAAAACAAACAACUCACAAAUGCCUGUGUCCUGUUAUCAUAAAAAAAUCAUUGAAUGUACACCAUACCCCGAUAUGUUCAAUAAAGCCACCAAUACCCCAAUCACAAAGAGACAAUUCAUGAACAUAACUACUGAGCAAUUAGGAACGGUGAUAUCUUUUUUGAGGCAGAGUCCUUUAGGCUAUCUAAUUGCAAAUUUUACUAAGAAGAUUGAUCAUUUGGACGGGGGUCUGUUAGACCACAGCGGUUCUCUGGUUGAAUCGGCGCGCAGUGCUAAAUCCAUUUCGAAGGCUGAAGAACUCUGCAGAGCCUUUCGUGUUUUUGACAGAGAACAAAGUGGCUUCAUAUCAAUGACCAAAUUUCGACAUGUGCUGACAAAUUUAGGCGAAAGAAUGUCAAAUGAAGAAGUCGAUGAAAUAAUACGCGAAACAGGCAUUCAGAAUGACAAAGAAUUAGACUACAAAAAACUGGCUGAUAUUUUGACUGAAGAGAGUUAA